GCGGUCUGGCUUACAUUUCUGUUUUUAGAAGGGUUAUUACAUUGCAAGCGAGCACACUUCGCAGUUCUCAAAUAUACCGAGGCAGUCCAGUACUGCGGUAUGUUUCAGAACGCGAAUCUUCGACACCUCCACCGCUCAUUUCUCAAUGUCUUGGAUUCUCUUCUUCUGCAAUCAGCCCGACAACUUUCUCUUUUUCGUAAUAUGAUCCUCUCGAGAGGUCUUCUUUGAAGUUCUUCGCUAGAAGAUACCAAAGAACUGGCAUCAUGCCUCUUGUGCGUCUUUUUAACACGCGUGAAUCUCUUCUUCAAGAAUUCGAGCAGGGAAAUACACCACCAUAUCUAGCUGUAUCGCACGCAUGGUCAGACCACAUCUUCCCUCCUGGCACCCCUAUUCUUUCUUCGGUGGGCGGCAAAGUAGUUCAGAAGGUCAUUGGCACCUGCUAUCCGACGAUUCAUCAUUGCUGGGUCGACAAUUUCUGCAUCAAACAGGACGACGAUGACGAUAAACUCCAACAAAUUCCACUCAUGGGCAGCAUCUACCAUAACUCCGAAGCGGUUAUCGUUGUGCUGUCAUGCGAGAUAGGCUUUGAUCAGAGCGAUGUCGACGCUGCAACUAGAAGUCUAGCAGAUGCACUUGAAGUGUGGAGGGACGAGACUUGGGCGGAAAUCGAUCAAGCUGAAUACUUUCAGCGCGGCCCGGGGCGCCACACACUCAUCCAUGCCAUGAAGGCGCUCGCGAGAUUCACUCGCUCUUCCUGGGCAACACGCAUUUGGACCCUGCAGGAAUAUGUCCUGGCGCGUGAAGUCGUCUGGGUUGGAAAAGAUAUGCAUCCGAUCAGGAUUGAUGAUAGAUUUUUCCAGGCAAUUCCGGGGCUCUGCGAUCAGUUAGCCAUCUCAGAGUGUAUGGCACGUGCUCCAGGAACAGAGUUCGCCAUCCUCCAUACUCAUUUCAGUGGAAUGGCAACCUCUCGCCUUGGCGACAAUGAUGCGACACGGAUCAUGGAACUGCUGGGAAACCGUAAAGCCACAGUGCCUGUAGAUGAAGUCUACGGGAUCAUGGCUGCGUCUACGGUUGAGAUAGAUCCGCUCAAAGGCGAGACAAGAGAGGAAGCGUGGGAAAGAUGGUGUGAAGCUGCAAUACUCAAGGGCCAUAUAAGGUGGUUGAUGCUUCCGCUUGCAUCGACCGCUGCCAAGAUUGGCACUACAUCAUCAGCUAACUGUGCUUUACCGUGUUUCUCUUUGCGUUACCAUCUCUCUUCGGCCUCCUAUCUAGAUUCCGUCACGCCCUUCCAGGCUGCAACGGUCCAAAAUGGCACCUUUACCCUCGCUGGACGAUACAUCGGCUCAUGCACACUUAUCCGCCGGCUUGGAGGCAUUCACCGUUCAAAAACAGGGCUAUAUCAUAGGCAUAUAACCCUCAUUCUGUUCUCCAAAGGCAAGUGGAGUAUUGCCUUGCAAGUUGCGCGAGCCUUUAGUGCUGGACGGUAUUCCAAAAUGCAGCUCGUUGCCGCCGCUCAAGUUAUGACAAACAACUAUGCCCGAGCAUGUUUAUCCGUAAGGAAAGGAAAGGAAGAAGACUUCAACCCUGUGCUCCACUCUUCGUUCCAGGCUCGUAUUUGGGGUGACUUAAUGCAGCUUCAGGCGCGUUGCAUGAUGGAUCUUCUAAACAUCAGCACAGGAUUCCUUGCCAAGAUCAGCAGGCCGGACCUUGGUACUUCCAUAACUACUGUGGCAGUCACAAACGGCAUCCUGCCAGCUGGAAAGUUGCAUUGCAUUGAUUUCAAUGCGGUCACCGGAGACCGACGGCGUAUAUUUCUAGUGGUUGAAACCUCUAAUUGUCAACCAAAGGACCCUUCAAAUCUACUACAAGAAGUCGCGAAGAAAUCUUUGCAUAAGUUUGGCACUACAAUCCCCAUUUCGGACGACUAUGACCGAUUUUGGAGUCUCUUACCGUUGGAGAGGUUCAGUCUCGGUGGAUCACAGUGCGAAGUCUGCCUGGAUUUGGUCAGGAACCCGAGACCCGUUGAUCAACCGCCUGUUGCUCCACCAAAAGCUUUGCUAAGCAUCGAUACGAAGAAAUCGAAAGCCCUUUUGAGAAGGGAUACUUCAGUCAGCAGGCUAAUCUCUGGACCGCUCACCCGGCAUCGUCUCUUAACCAAAGGAAAGUUAUGUUGGGGGCAGAGAAGCCGAGUUCGGCGAGCACACUAGCCAAAUGUAGCCUUCCGAUGAGCAACUCGAGUUACUCCACCCAUUUCCCAAAUCCUUGGUGGCUGAAUGUAACACGUAUGCGUGAUUAUCCCGGCCGCGCCGUAUCCAUUAGUAGGGACGAAUUAGAGAGCCCCAGAACUCGAACAGUUCCACUCUUGCCCCGCUCCGCCCAGGGCUCUGCAUGACGCAUUGGAUCACUCCGCCGACUCCUCUGUAAGCCCAAACUUCAGAAUCUUCCCAAUUGGUCGGGUUGGGCUCUUCGGCAUGUAGGAACGGGCCGUUCUUGGAGAAGGAUACGCCUCCGAUUCUUACUGGGUCCUAGGCAGUCUAGAGGGGGG